AUGUUGCUGACUUCAUCGUGGAUUCCAGAUUUAGUACUUUUUCUUGCAACGAUAUCGUUGGUGUCAUACUUGUAUGCAACUAGAAAAUUCGAUUAUUGGAAAAAACGCAAUGUCCUCUACCAAAAACCUGUACCAUUCUUUGGCAAUUUCAAAGAAGUAAUUACUUUGAAAAAACAAAUUGGUAUAUGGUUAAGAGAAGCGUACAAUGCAGCCAAAGAUACGCCAUAUUUUGGAAUGUUCGUCUUUGAUGAACCGUAUUUGGUAUUGAAAUCUCCGCAGUUGAUCAAGCAUGUCAUGAUUAAAGAUUUUAACAAUUUCAGUGAUAGAACUGUUGCUUGUCCAGAUCACAAUAACGUUACAAAAAACUUUCUGUUUUUUAUGAGAAAUCCCGAGUGGAAAACUAAUAGAGUUCAGUUGACACCGGUUUUUACUUCUGGAAAAUUGAAGUAUAUGUUUCCGACUGCUGUUUUAGUGAGUGACCGUUUACAAAAAUAUCUAGCCAACAAUCUUGGAGUGUUGGAGGCCAAAGAAAUAGCUGCCAAAUAUUCCACUGAAGCCAUGGCCAGAAGCUUUUUCGGCAUAAAUGCGCAUUGUUUCGACGACGAAAACGCCAUGUUCAGAGUAUUGGGAAGGAAAAUUUUUGAUUUCAGUGUUAGAAACGGCCUCGUAAACACAGCCUACUUUUCAAUGCAAAAAUUGGUUAGACUGUUUCGCAUUAAUAUAUUCGAAAAAUGGGUGUUUGAGUAUUUUAUUGAUAGUUUUACGAAAGCAUUUGAGGCAAGAGAAAAUAGUACGACGCGCAAGAAUGAUUUUAUUGAUAUCUUGAUUGAAUUAAACAAAAAGGAUGGCGGAAAUGGAUUAUUUGAUAUGGACAAAAUUAAUGGUACCGGUCUGCAGUUUUUCGUGGCUGGAUUUGAAACCACAAGUUCAACUAUUUCGUAUACCCUGCACGAAUUAUGCCUAAACAAGACUGUGCAGAAUAAAGUGAGACAAGAAAUCCUAGCCAACAUGAAAGAAAAUGAUGGAUUAACAUACGAAGGCGUCAUGGGAAUGAAAUAUUUGGAUAUGUGUGUCAAAGAGACACUCAGGAAAUAUCCAGCGGUACCAUUUUUGGACAGAAAAUGUGUAAACGAAUGCAAAUUACCCGGAACUGAUUUAAUAUUAGAAAAAGGAGCAUCAGUUUAUAUUCCGUUGGUCGGCUUGCACUAUGACGAAAAAUAUUUUCCAGAACCGGACAAGUACGAUCCAGAAAGAUUUGCUAAUCCAAAAUGCAACAGCGAAGGGUUGGUUUAUCUACCAUUUGGAGAAGGACCAAGAAUGUGUAUAGGCGAGAGACUAGGCAUGUUAACGACGAAACUUGGAAUUAUUUCUGUCCUAACUAAAUUUGAAGUCGAAAGAUGUGCCCAGACACCCGAUCCAGUAAUAUUUGAAGCAAAGAGUCUUGUUCUUCAAUCCACAGUUGGCCUUCCAAUGACAUUUAAAUAUAUCACUCCACCACCAGCUUGA